CGCUUGUGGUACGUGUCGUCGCUUACACGACACGUAGUAGAAAGCUCUACUUCGUAGUGUGUUCAUGACGCAACCUAUUAAGUUGCUAUGGCGGAGAAUUAGUGUGAUUAAAUUUAUUUAUUAUUCUGCUCUGUCAUUGUGUUUAAGAUAAAAUUCAAUUCGAUCUUUGAGAAAAAUCAUGGAUAGUAAUAAGGAUGAGGCCGAACGAUGUAUGGAACUUGCUGAACGAUAUUUGCGGGAGAAAAGGUACGAGGAAGCGGAGAAGUUUGUACGUAAAGCACAAAAACUUUAUCCUACGAAAAAAGCAGAAGAUGUGUUAGCAAAAGUGACAAUGAUGUCAAAACAAAAUCAAAAGCCUGAAUCUGAACCCACAGUUAGAAAGCGUCAAACCACACCUAAAGAAACUACACAUACUCAAGCUUGUAAUGAUUAUACAAAGGAGCAACUUGAACAUAUUAAAAGAAUUAAGAAAUGCAAAGAUUAUUAUGAAAUUUUGGGUGUAAACAAAGAUGCAACUGACAGUGAUAUUAAAAAGGCAUAUAAAAAAUUAGCGCUUCAGUUACAUCCAGAUAAAAAUAAAGCACCAGGUGCUGCUGAAGCUUUUAAAGCCAUUGGAAAUGCUGUUGCUAUACUCACUGAUGUGGAGAAAAGAAAGCAGUAUGACAUGUAUGGUUCUGAGGAAGAAAGAAUGCAAAGUGCUCAAGCUCAUCAAAAUCAUUCACAUUAUAAUUAUACAAGAGGAUUUGAAACUGAUAUAACAGCAGAAGAAUUAUUUAGUAUGUUCUUUGGAGGUGGAUUCCCACAGCAAGAGUUUUAUAUGAGACGCUCUGGAAGGUGGGCAAGACAACAGGACGCACAAGCUCAACAUGCUCACUCUCAGCAAGCAAAUGGAUAUACCACAUUCCUUCAAAUGUUGCCUGUGCUAUUAUUAAUAUUGUUAACUAUGAUGAGCAGUUUCUUUAUAUCAGAUCCUGUAUAUAGCUUGCAUUCUAACGCAAAAUAUUCUGUACUAAGAACAACUCAAGGAUUAAAGGUGCCCUACUAUGUGAAAGAAAACUUUCAUACUGAAUAUCAAGGCAGCUUACGUAGACUAGAAAUUUCUGUUGAAGAAGAGUACCUGAAUAAUUUGAGACAUGCCUGUUUUAGAGAGAAAAGUUAUAGGGAAACAAUGAUGUGGAAAGCAAGAAACUUUGGAGAUCAAGAAUUAUUUUCCAAAGCUAAAAAUAUUGAAAUGCCCUCAUGCAAGAGGGUACAAGAAUUGCAAGGAGCAUAGCGCCGCUAUUUUAUUGAAUAGAAUUUGUUGUAGAUAGGUGUAUAUUGUAUUUACACGUGUGUAGUUACUAUUGGAUGAAAUGAAGAAUAUCAAGCAUAAUACAUAUGCAAAUACAUAUUGUAUAUCUUCGCAUCAAAAUUUGUAAAUGAUAUUCUUCUUGAUCCAUCAUGAAUUUUUACAUAGACCAUUUAAGCUGUUUAUUCCAAAUUGUAAAUUAAUACAGGAUUGAUUAUAGUGGCCUGUAUGACAAAUUCCAUAAUGCGAUAUAAAUGUUAUAUUUAAUUUAAUUAAUCUCUUUAAUUUCAAAUUCAUUAGACUGAUCGGUGUAAUUAUGUGUUAAUUAAUUUCCAUAUAUGUCAGAAUUAUUUAGUUCUAGAAUUAUUUAUGUUCCAUUAUUGUAACAAGGAGAAACAGCUGAGUGGUAUUGUGUAGUGGCAAACAUUAAUUUUGAAGAUUUUGAAGUCUUUCCAAUUGUUUAUGAAGACCGAUAAUAUUUGAUUGUUAAUAGUCUAUUUCGAAUCUUGCCGUAUUGCUUAUUGGUAAUAAUAAUAUAAUCAUUACAUUGAAAGUUGCUCGACGUUGGUGAUGAAUGAUGUCGACGAUUUUGAUAAACGUAUUAUUACAAUAUUAAAACUGCUUAUACAUGAAAAGGAUCUAGGUAACGAAAAUUUAGAGAACUCGUUAAAUUAUAUGAAAAUGAAAGAAUAUAAAUUAUAUAAUGUACGCUAAGAUUAAUGUUAGGAGGAAAUUAAUAAAAUUUAAUAUUAAUAUUGCAUGCAUUUGUUUUAGACAAGGAAAAACAUGAAAAAAAAGGCAAAAAUUAACUUUAAUAUUCAAGAAAGCACAUCCAGUUUAUAAGGCCUAAGUUGUAUUUGCAAAAUUCAUAUGAACCAUCUCAUUUUUUUGCAUAAAGAAGCAAUUCAAUCCACAGUAUUAAAUCAUGUUGACGAUUAUUAUGAAUAUUAUAUAGAGAAUUAUUAAUAUUAAAAAUUCCAUUGAUGCAAUAUUAUACUGGGUACAUUCCUUCUGUUACUAUAAGAAAUGCACUAUAUAUUGUAAACAACCAAAGACCCUAGUAGUUGUGACACAUUAUUCGUACAUUAUUCUUUAUUUGUAAAAUUAAUGUAAUUCUAAAGACAGGAAUACAUUAGCAGCAAUACAUGAAUUUAUUGUCACCCAUGGUAAAUUAUAAGAAAUGAGUUUGAUUGAGCUGCAGUCAAGGAACUAUACACGUCAUCGCGUUGUAAAUUUUUAUAUAGGCAGAAAAAUGAAAAAGAAGGAAUUUAUAACAAGCUAAUCAAAUGGCCUGUUGUUAUUUAUAAAUUGUAAUGUACACGGAUAACGGGAGAUAGAUGACCAAUAUACUCGUCUUGAGGAAAAGUUCUUUGUGAGUUGAUAGUUUUUCAAUAUUAAUUGUUACCUUUGUAAAUGAUCCAAAGAUGUCUGAAAUCGUGGACUUCGAAACGUUUACGCUAGUCAGUUCAUCGAACUGCACAUAUCACGUUUGUUUUACAAUUUAAUCAGCUCUUAUAUGUUUAACGGCACUUAUUUAUCUGAAUUAUCACACGUAUGUUACAUAUAUAUGUGUCAAAAUAUUUUAAUUAGCUUCAAAAUAAAGGAAUUUUAAAAUUAUCACAA